AUGAGCAUUCCCAACCAGACGACAGCAACAGAAGGGGGAUGGAAGCCCAACCACUGGGACAGGUUUACUCUUAACCAGCUCUCAAAUAUGUCCAGCGAAGAGUUUAAUAAGACGUUGCAGCAGUGGAAAAGCUGGCCCGGGCAUGGGGGGUCAAACGACAGUUUCUACGCUUUCAUGGAGCGGACACGCCAAGAGAUGAACAUGACUGAGCAUGAGCAAGGAGGCUCAUCUAGCCGUGUGCCCACCGAAAGAUUGCCUGAGGGAACAACAGUCGAAGAGGAAAAACCUGCUAAUAGUGUUGCUGAGCGGAGCUCCGACUAUAGGACAAAGAAGAAGAAUACAGAUCCUGAUUGGAAAGCGCGUGAAGAGCUCAAAAACAUCUCUGCUGCUGCUAUUGCUGAAGAGGAUGGCGGUGAAGAGGGUGAGGAGAAUGAAGAAGAAGAGGGUGGUGAUGGUCAAGCGGGUGACGGUGAAGGGAGCGUCACUCAAGGAUAA